CUAAAAAAAGACAGAGGUGUUCCGAUUGAUCUUGAACUCUUCAAUGAAGGGAAAACGAAAUUUGCGGGAAAAUUGUAAACAACAGACGAAAAUAAGAUAUUCCUCAUGGUUUUAAAGAAGCUCCUUACCCUGGUUCUCCUUACCAGACCCAGUCAAGUUCUGCUGGGAAUGAAGAAAAGAGGGUUUGGUAAAGGAAGAUGGAAUGGAUUUGGGGGAAAGGUGGAGAAAGGAGAAACCAUUUUAGAGGCUGCAAAAAGAGAACUUUUUGAAGAAUCAAGUCUGAAAUCAGACAGUUUGACAAAGAUUGGAACAAUUGAUUUUGAAUUUGUUGGUGAUCCACAAAUAUUAGAAGUCCACAUUUUCACUUCAACUGAAUUUGAGGGAGAACCAACAGAAAGCCCAGAGAUGAGGCCUAAGUGGUUUAAUGUUGAGGACAUUCCUUUUGACACUAUGUGGCCAGACGACAUCCUCUGGUUUCCACUGUUUUUAAGCGGGACAAAAUUCCGAGGAUAUUUUCUUUUUGAAGGACACGAUAAAUUUCUCAAUUAUACACUUGAUGAAGUGGAUGAACUGCCAACUUAGUUGGAGUAUACGUGUGUGAU